AUGUCUUUAUCCACAUUCAAGAAAGUCAAUUUAGGAGAACUAAGACCAACUAAGAUGUCUCUACAAUUAGCUGAUCAUUCUGUUAAAUUUCCAAUAGGUAUGCUAGAGAACAUUCCCGUUCGUAUAGGUCAAUUCUAUAUUCCCACCGACUUUGUAAUAAUGGAUAUAAAGGAAGAUUCCCACAUCCCUAUUAUUUUAGGAAGACCCUUUUUAGACACAGCUGGAGCCAUCAUAGAUGUCAAGAAAGGAAAGCUAACUUUCGAAGUUGGCGAAGAAAAAGUCGAAUUUGCUUUAGCUCAAUUCUUACAGGCGCCAACUAUAGAAGAUUCAUGUUGUCUCUUAGACGUCAUCGACGAAUGUGUGAAAGAAAUAGAGAGGGAACCAUAUAAGUAUACUGAAGUACUAAAGAUUCCAGCACCUCUUAUAUUCUACAAUGAUAAUUGGCAUGAGCCAUACGUAUAUGACAGUCUGAGGGAAUGUCUAGCACUAAUGCCCAAUCCAAUGCCAUGCUCAAAGAAACCUUUUGUAGAACUUAAAACACUAUCCAAAAACCUAAGGUGUGAAUUCCUAGACACCGAGCUUGAACGACCCGUAAUAGUCAACGCUGACUUAGGAUAG